AUGGCUUCUAUUUUGGCAUGUUGCAGACUUUUCUUAACUGCAGCUUUUCUUUCGGACAUUUUUGUGAACGCUGUAGUUACAUCACUGUCGGACAUCGAUGAUGAGAUCACAACAUUAUUUGACGGUUACUUCGAAAAACAGGCAAUUGUUCCACUGCAGACGGUCGGAUCAACAAUGGCUGUGACAGUGGAUUUUGAUUUAGUAUCAAUAGUUGACUUUGAUGACGACUCUGGAUCUACAACUGUGGCUGGAUAUUUAACGGUUACAUGGACGGAAGAACGCUACACAACCAUUGCAGACGACGUAGAUGUCACCGUACAAACGUCUGCUAUUUGGACACCUCCAUUAUUGAUAUUAAAUUCCAUGUCGUCUGGUGCAGUUAUUGGAUCCAAUGACGAUAUUGCGAAAUUUAACCUGAACACGGCACAAGUGAUUUGGAAAACAUGGAUACAUACAAAAGUCACUUGUGACUCAAGCUCUUUCUUCCCAUUUGAUCAACACGAAUGUUCUCUCAAGAUAUCAUCUCUUAGUUUAGACAACACGGAAAUGACGAUCACAGCUGCAGACGACACUAUAGGAACGGCGUCCUUCGUAGAAAAAAGUCAAUGGAAACUUAAAACAACGUCGGUGGCAAGUUACAUCGUCGCGUCAUAUCCUUACGUAGAGUAUAAAUUAACAAUCCAGAGAAAGUCGCAAUAUUUGACGUUAAUCAUUAUUUGCCCUGUGAUUACCAUCAGUUUGGUACAUUUGUUUGUUUUCUUUAUUCCGCAACGACAGAGCAACGAGAGGUCAAACUACAGUAUUGUAAGCGUAAUUGGUGUUCUAGUCACGCUGUUGUGGGCAAUGACGUAUAUUCCAUUAAAUGCAUCGCCGGUUUCAAUUAUUGUUUAUUAUCUAUUGACAGAAUUUCUCAUCAACGUCGCCGUUAUGAUAGUAGCGGUGACGUUGACGGAUAAAUUUCAAGGACGAAAAUGCUGUACUAAUUCUAUGUUUUUCGGAAAUCUUGUUCCAGAAAGAAAGUCGGAGAAAGUUUCAAACAAAGAUGAUUUAAGUAUAAGGUCAGAACCGGGACAUGAUAUUGCUACCGCACGAGAAGUUCGAGUGUCGUCAGUGGCGACGGCGUGGGAAAAUGACGUAUUUGACGAACAACCGAACACUCAAGACAAAUCAUCAGAAGAGCAAGGCGACGCUAAAGUUAACCAUGCACGGGCGUCAGUUGCGGUGUUUCUGGUAUUUUUGUGCCUGCAUUUUUGUUUUACGAUUGCGUUUUUCGUGCCUCUUGGCUUGAACGUCGAAUAA